CGAGGGCUGGUGUCCUGCCAGGCCCUGCUGGGUGGGUGAGGAGCCCAACUUUCUUGUUCUUCUGGCUCGAGCCUCCCGCCCAGGCGGGCGCAGCGAUCCUGUGGGGUGUCGAGAUCUGUUUAAGGAUAAGGCAGGCGUGGCGGCGGACGGGUGUGACAGGGCCCCGGCGCACGUGCAGCCAUGCACGGCCUCACCACUCUCCUACUCGUCUUCCUGGCCGGUCAGGCGGAGGCCUUCCGCAUCUGUGCCUUCAACGCCCACCGGCUGACGCUGGCCAAGGUGACCAAGGAGCAAGUAAAGAACACCUUAGUGCAGAUCGUGGCUCGCUGUGACAUCAUGGUGCUGCAGGAGGUGGUGGACACCUCCAACAAGACCAUCUCCUUCCUGCUGCAAGAACUCAAGCGCAAAUUCGACAGCUCUCGGUGCUACAGCUUCCUAAACAGCUCGCAGCUGGGGCGCAGCACAUACAAGGAAAAAUAUGUGUACAUCUACCGAUCGGACAAGACCCAAGUCCUGAAUUUCUACCAGUAUGAAGACAAGGAUGACCUGUUUGCCCGGGAACCCUUCGUGGCCCAGUUCACUUUGCCCAGCAAAAUCCUUUCUAGUGUGGUACUGGUCCCGCUGCACACCACCCCUAAGGACGUGGAGAACGAGCUGAAUGCCCUGCAUGCUGUGUUCCUGGAUGCCACCCGGCGCUGGCAGAGCAAGGAUGUCAUCCUACUGGGGGACUUCAAUGCUGACUGUGGCUCCCUGGCCAAGAAGCGCUUGAGCACGCUGCUGCUGCGCACUGAGGAGGGCUUCCGCUGGGCCAUUGCCGAUGGCGAGGACACCACGGUGCGGGCCAGCACCAACUGCACCUAUGACCGCAUCGUGCUGCACGGCGAGGCCUGCCGAGGGCUUGUGCGCACCGCCCUGGCCUUCAACUUCCCCCAGAGCUUCCAGCUCUCCGAGGAAGAGGCCCUUGACGUCAGCGACCACUACCCUGUGGAGGUGGAGCUGGACCAAGCACCGAAUAGCAUGCAGCCCCCCAGCCUGGCCACCCUGCUGCUCCUGUCACUGCUGCUGCCAAUCCUGGCCCCGCACUGGAGCCCGGUGGCCUAACUCAAACCCUGGCCUCUGCCCAUCCUACCUGGGGCCUACACAACUCAAGGGCUUGCACCUGACCCCCCUUUCCCCAUGUAGGUUCUGCUAAUGCAGCUUAGUCUGGGUGUUGGGCAAGAAUUGAGGCUGGACCUUGGCCAAGCCCUGAGUGGUGGGGUGACAAGGUGACAGGACUAAGGUUCUUGUCAUACGAGCUAGUGGACAGGCAAGCGCAAGGGCCCGAGCUCAAUCCCCAGUCCUGAAGAGAAAAAAAAACUAGUGGACAGGACUCGGGUAGGUCAAGCGGAUAGAAUGAGAAGGGACCCACCAAAAAACCACCUGACCCACAGGCCUGUGGCAAGUGCUCUGUGACUUAGCUGCAUGGUACUGAGUGUAGGAACAGUGCCAGGGAUAGUUACCAAGGUGACAGCAGGAAAACCUAAGUGACAGAAUUAGGGCCUUCAAUGGAAUGUAGUCAUAUGGUUUAUGGACUUCAAGCUUCAAGAUCAAAAAUAAAGCUAAUCCAAAACAU